CUUGUGUGAAUACACACGUGCUGCGUGUAGAGAAUAAGCGUUUAUUUAAAAAUGGCGCUCUUAAAUCGUGCCAAUUUAAAUUCUCUUUUAUUAUUAAAUCACUGUUAUUACAAAUUCGCGACGGGUACGGUGAGAUUAAAAACGCGCGGACGCAUUUCACUAUCGUCAAGUCUCAUGCAAGAAAAGAUUAAACAAAGCUCAGAAAAGAAAACAGAAUCAAAUGUUAAAAGCACGAUGUUUGAAACUACAAUUGCCAACAGAAGAGAUCAGGCACGUCGAAGUAUAUUGGUACAGGUAUACUCGUUGAAUUCACAAGACGAUCUCCAGAGUUAUUGUGCUCAAUUUGGAGACAUUUUAAGUAUGCACCAUUACCAAAAAGACAAGCAAAAUAAUUAUAUUUUGGUUGAAUUUAAAGAUCUAGUAUCGAUAAAUGAAAUUAUUUCAUCUGCUUCCUUUAUGGGUGAAGAUUUAAUCGCCCCUGUAAAGUCAUCAGUAUUUUGGUUCCGCAAAGGACAAUUUGUAGCUUUACAUCAUAAAAAAAAUAAUCAGGAAAAGAUAAUCUUAUCUACAGAAAAUGGUUGCACAUGCCCUACUGAAAAGGAGAUUUCAAACUUCUUACAGAAUGCAAAAUCGAUAUCGGGACAAAUAAUAGAUUUAUAUGAGGCAUUAAAACUGAGCGAUUUAGAAACAAGACUGAGAUUUCACACUGCCCAUCACCUGGAGCAAUAUUUCUCUAGAUUAUUUCAAAAUACAAAAGUUUUACCAUUUGGUUCCUCUUUGAACGGAUUUGGGAGGAAAAGAUGUGAUCUUGAUUUAGUUCUCAUUUCCGAUAAAGAAAACAAUUCAGCGAGUAGACUGGUAUUUCAUACAAAACCUAUGAAACUUAACGAGAGGCAUGAAACAAAAGAAUUUAUGGGAAUACUUGCAAGUACUAUGCAACAUUUCAUCCCUGGCGUUCGUAAUGUACGAAGAAUCUUAGAAGCUAGAAUACCUAUAAUUAAAUUCCAUUACGAAUACACAAAUAUUGAAUGCGACUUAAGCACAACGAAUAUGACUGCCGUAUACAUGUCCGAAUUAUUGAACUUAUAUGGAGAAAUAGAUUGGCGGGUAAGACCGCUUGUUACAGCAAUACGGAAAUGGGCAAAGAGUCAGGAGAUAACAUCUGAUGUGCCAGGACAGUGGAUAACAAAUUUCUCUCUUUCAUUAUUGGUGCUCUUCUACUUACAACAGAAAGACAUAUUGCCGUCUUUAAAAGCCUUGAAAUCGUAUGCUACACGUGACGACAUUCGUUGUACAGAGAAUGGUAUUGAUUGCACCUUCCUGCGGAAUCUUGAAAAAUUGCCGCCCGAGUACAAGUAUAAAUCGAAUCAAGACAAUUUGGAGUCGCUGCUAUAUGGUUUCUUUGACUAUAUUUCGACGUUCAAGUUUCACAUAAACGGGAUAUGUAUUCGCGAGGGAGUGCCCAUCCGGAAACCGUCGCACUCGCCGCUUCAUAUCACCAAUCCCCUAGAAACGACGUUGAACGUGUGCAAGAACGUAAACAUUUACGAGUUAAAUCGCUUAAAGAUGAAGGCACACGAUGCAUUAUUGAUAUUAGAGACUACUCACAACUCCAGAAACGGCAACUGGGGCUUUAUGGUUUUAUUAAACAUGAAAAACGUUGAGAUAAUGGAUAUGUUGAAGUUAAAUAGCAGAAAAGAACAGAGCAUCGCGGAUUAUUCGGAAGAUAGUUCCCAUGAAAUUCCUGAAGUUAACGAAGUUGAUAUCAAUCAAUCAAAGAAGAAGAAAAAAACGGUAUGAUGUUUAGACAAAUAGCGAUGUUAUAUAUACAUUUCAUCUCUGCAGAAAUACACAUGUCACAUGUAUUCCUGCAUGAGACGCUUGCAACAAUUUUUUUAUAUCGAUGAUUUGGGGUAUUAUUUAGUGAUGAUGUCAGAAAAACAGAGACAUUUUAAGCAAGAAUAAAAAAAGAAGAAAACACAUGAAGAAGAUAU